CUCUGCCUGCCUGGGUGGGACAGGCCCAGGGGCCUGGCCUGGCCUCGCCGAGGGAUGGAGGGGACCGAGGAGGCCCCGGCCGCGGGCCGCGGCGCGCGAGGGUCCGAGAAAGGGAGCAGAACAGGCAGCCCCAUUCAGGUGACCUCAGCUGUAGAAAGAAAUGGUCCUGAGCCACAGCUGGAUAACAGAGCCCUCCCAAGACCCUGGCCAUGUCCUCAGAAAGACAGAACACCCUGCCCAAUGGUCCCCCAGCCUCCCAGAGGAUGGGGGAUGCAGCUCCAAGGCCCCUCUGUGCUGGAGUCCAAGGUGAGGGCUUUGAAGGAGAAGAUGACAGCAGGCAAACAGGGGGCCGACCUUGACCUCACUUCCCAUGAGUGCUCAUCCCCCAAGAAAACCAAAUGCCGGCGAGUCAAGACCAGAGGAGUCCAGACACCUUCAGAGGGCUCUCUCCUGCCAGAGGCGGGGGUGGUUCCCCAUGCUCAGACCCUGAAUGAUGGGCAGCUGGACAGCAGUGUCAAUGAGGAGGAACCUGCCAGGAAUGGGGACUCCAGGCCUCCCAAGCUUCCUGCAUCUGGGCUUGAGUGCUGGAAUGGGCAGAGUCUGUGGCCUCCAGAAGCAGUAUGGACGUUACCCGGCCACAAAACACUGCCAGGACCCAGCUCUUUGCAAGACAGCUCCACCGGCAGAGUCACGCCAGACCAGCCAGGGGGCCCUGGUCCAUGUAAAAUCACCCAGAUGACCAUUCUGAAGAAAGGAAGGCCGUCCUGCCAUGGAGACCAUCUGUUCACAGGGGGAUAUCUGGACAGCACAUCCCUGACCCCUGAGGAAGACUCAGAUCCCAGGACAGCCCUGCUGGGGGCCGUCUGGAAAACUGGAGAACGGGGGGCUCUGGGCACUGGAGACAACACUUUGUCCCUGUCUGACCGAGUAGAGAGGAACCGUGUUCUGCUGCAGGAAAUGCUGAAGGUCUCAGGACAGAAUCUUCCCAAGGUGGGAAUUCCAGCCUGGACCCCGUCCUUGGACAGAGCUACACCAGAGCCACCAGCAGGGGGCGUGGACUGGGACUCCGGCAUUCCCCUGCAGGACUCAGACACAAACAGGGUCUUGGGUCCCAAGCCAGAGCCCGUGCUGAGCACCAGGCCUGAGGAAGGUGAACGCCUGCUGCAGCAUGCUCGCACGAAGACCAGGACUCAGCCUCUCCGUGCCAGCCAUGAUAUUGUGCCCACCAUUGCUCAGGGCAGCCGAGAUGGCCAGAGAAGCCCAGCCCAGGACCCCAGGAUGACAUUUGUCUACAGAGAGAACCUCCAGAAUGGGAACCUGAGCGACUCCUCCAGUGGGGAGUCCAGCAGCGGUCAGUGGCCCAAGCGGGGUGUCGCCCCAUCUCAUGUCCGCUUCAAGGACGAGUCUGCCCAGGAAGCUGAGUUCCGUUACCUGCAGCGGUUGCAGCAGCACCAGCGCCAGGUGCGCUCAGUGCUACAGGCGGUGGGCCAGGGCCCCCUGCGCUCCAAACCAGACCUCGCCGACUACAUCCACCGGGACCCAGGGGACAGCAGGUUCCACAGGUCUGUGGGUGGCCAGGACCACGGCGACCUCCCUGUGCCACGGCCCACAUGUGACAGUGAGAGGAAGUGCCCAGCCUGCGGCAGCUGUGUUCAGAAUGGACGUCCUGCUGAGGGGACACUUGGCCCAAGGAUCCUCCAGGACUUCCAGGCUGCCGAUGGGGCCAAGGCAGUGCCACUGGAGUCCUGUAAUUCUCAUGGCCUGAAUUCCCCUUUUCUGUCCCUCUCUGCCCAUCAAGGGCUUCACACAAAAUGGAUCCAGGAAACACACAUCAGAGACACUACAACACGUCCUGAGGAGAGGGACUCUGCCCUGGACAGCACAGACACCUCUGACAGCUGCCGGACAGACAGUGAGGAGACUGGAACCUCUCAGCCCACCAGGGCCUGCAAGCCCACCCAAGGCAGCAGCCCACAGCAGCGACAGCGACAGCGGGGCUCCAGGCCUCAGGGAGACCACAGGUGGUCCAGGAAGGCUGAGAUGGAGCUGCCUGGUGGCCUUCAGGCCCAGCCUCACCUGUCUGGGGUUGAUGAUGUGGAGAGGGGAGAUGAGGGAGAAGGAGGCAGAGGACACACUCACGAGGAGACUCCGUUUCUUCGAGAGGAUGCUAUCCCUAAGCCUCUCGUCCUGGAACUUAGGAGGACUUCCUUGGGAUCCCAGAGGCCACCUGAAAAGUGCCUAGGAAGCCACCAGGCCCACUCUGAGGACUCCUGUGCUCCAUGCAGGACAGCCUAUGACAUGACAGUGUCUUCCGAGCCAGGCAGACUGGACCAAGUUACAGAGAACCACAAGUCUCUAGAAAUUGUCUCUGCUUCUUCCCUGCCGCAAGGCCAUGCACAGCCUUGCCCCCACCCAUCCCAGCAGCUAGCUGCUUCCCUCUCCCCUGAAGGCUGGGUGCCAACCCCUCCCUCUUCAAGGAAAACCACGUACCCCAAGUCUCACAGGAAGGUGGUCCGGACUGGACCCCACAGGCCAGGGGGUCAGGCAGAGCCUGUAGAUAACACUCUGCCACUGCCUCCUCCAAGAACUGUGGUUCUCAGUCCACCCCAGACCCAGUUCUGCAGCUCCCAAGUUAGGCACCCACUGCCAGACUUGUCUGCUAACAACCACUCCCCUCUGGGGCUUCAGGAGUCCAGGGGAGCAGCUGCCCACAAGGGCAAGGUGGAGGGGAACCCCUGUGUCCAGGAGUCGGAACUGUCCCUGGAGAGCCAUGGAGAUGGAGGACUCCCAGGCUCUGUUGGCUCAGCAGACAUUGCCACAGUCAAUUCCACAGGCAUCACCCUCUCCCUGACCUUGGAGGAGCCAGAGUCUAGACAGGAACUGCAGGGAGGCCUCCAGAGGACUGAGUUCAGUUCUGGAGGACACAUGCCACCCAGAGGAUCACCAGUGGCCAGGGAAGGGCCCAGGCCACCCUCAGCUGCCCCUUCUGAUGGGAACAAGAAAAGAAGCAGCAGUAUUGCCUCCGCCCUGGGGCUUAAAAAGCUCUUUUCAGCCCUGGGCCACACUUCCCGGCUCAAGCUGGCCAAGGCCUGCAGCUACACAGAGGAGCAGCAACAGCCUGAGGCACCUGGCCCAGCUUCACACAGCAGCACCCCCAAAGUGAAGAGAGCCCCAUCGCUACAGUUCCUGCAUCUGGUGUCAUCCUCCCACCAACAUCGGAAAGCUGCCUCCUUUCAGAACCUCCAUGCUCUGCUGAGCGGCAAAGGGGACAGGUCCAGCCUCUACCUCGUAGAGGAGCCAGGGAACCCCAGUGCACCUGGCAGGCCAGCCAAGGCCCCUCCCCGGCGUGCCCUCAGUGUGGAGGAUGUGGGUGUCCCCAGCCUGGCUCGCACGGUGGGCCGUGCAGAGGUGUUCCCAGAUGGCACGAGCCAGUUGCAGCUGCAGCGCCCCCCAGAGGGCACUUUUGGCUUCUGUGUGGCUUACGGGAAUGGGCGCAGGGACUCAGGGCUCUACGUGCAAGAGAUGGCUGACCUGGACACUGCCAAGCUGUACUCAGGGCUGCUUGGGGUGGGGGACGAGAUCCUUGAGGUGAAUGGGACCAAGGUGGCUGGGCUGGGCUUGGUUCACAUCCAAGACCUCCUGGCCCACUCAGAGAGCUUGUCAAUCCGUGUCCUGAGGCAGAGGCCUGUCCCUCAGUGACCCAGAGAGGUGCUCCCCUUAUUGACCACCUGGGGUGUGGUUGGGAAAGCACUGCUUGGAGCUGUUUUGUGGAUCAAAAACCCAGCUUAGGGUGGCAUCCAGCCCCUUGGGCUGUGGCAGGCCUGCUGAGAUAGACCACCUUAGGGAGAAGCAAGGUGCCUAUGUGUAUAUUUCAUUAAGGCCGUUAAUUUAAGUAGAACUGGGGGAAAAAAAAUACUAUUGGUCUCAUCCAUAACCUGGGUGGUGGCAACAUGGAUUUGCCCCUUUGUCGGCUGGGGGGAGGAGAAAAAUUCAUACCUUCUGAAAAGACUCUCCAGCCUCCAACUCUCUAGAACCAGACACUGGCCACAUUGGUCCCUUUCAGCCACAUCUCCCCUCCCUCCCAUAUGCCACCUUUGCUCCUAAUCCAGAAAGGGACAGUGUGCUGGAA